CACGAGGCUAAUAUGGCAACAAAGCUAACGGUUUGGAAAUGCUAGCUGUCUGUUGUGCAGUUGCAGUCCCACUGUUGAAUGUGCUUAGAGCUGAAUAAGCAGCAAACAGAGAGCUGGUAAACAGAGUCAGCCCUAACCCUGAAUGAGUCAUGGCCCAGUUCGGGGGACAGAAAAAUCCGCCAUGGGCAACUCAGUUUGCUGCCACAGCUGUGUCUCAACCAGGUCACUCAGGACAGUCUCUUGACCUCAACAGCCUACACUCUCUAGGGGUGCAACAGCCGUCUCUCCUUGGGGCGUCUCCCUCUGUGUACUCUCAGCAGUCAGCCUUGGCUGCAGCUUCUCUCAGUAACCAGUCCGCAGCAAACUAUCAGCUGUCUCAGCAAACUGCUGCUUUGCAGCAGCAAGCUGCAGCGGCUGCCGCAGCAGCUCUACAGCAGUCACAGAUCAAUUCAGCACUUCAGCAGUAUCAGCAGCAGCAGCAGCAACAGCAGCAGCAGCAGCAACAGCAGCAACCUCCCCAGCAACCACCUCAACAACUGUAUAAUGUACCUCAUCAGCUCCCUCAGCCUCAGCAGGCGCUGAUCUCUCAGCCCCCCGUCGCAUUGCCCACCAGCCUGAGCUUGUCCAACCCUCAGCAAACGGCCCAGAUUACUGUGUCGUAUCCAACUCCACGUUCAAGCCACCAACAGCAGACGCAGCCUCAGAAGCAGCGAGUCUUCACUGGUGUUGUCAAUAAGCUACAUGACACGUUUGGCUUUGUAGAUGAAGAUGUCUUCUUUCAGCUAAGUGCUGUGAAAGGAAAAACUCCCCAGGUUGGUGACAGGGUCCUAGUGGAAGCUGUGUACAACCCUAAUAUGCCCUUCAAGUGGAAUGCCCAGCGCAUCCAGACUUUACCUCAGCUGGCAAAUCAGUCGCUUCAGCAGCAGCCUCAGCCUUUACCUCAAGCUUCCCCACAGCUCGGCAGCCUUUACAAUGAGCCAGGAAUGCAGCUCCGCUACACAGAUAUGCACUCUGCUGCGGACAACAGACAAAAUAGCCAGGCUCAGGCUUCUAACAUGAUCAAGUCAGGCCCAACCAUGUUGCAGUCGCUACCUCCCCCAACCACGUUCAGUGUUCAAGCCCAAGCCCCCCCACCCUCCCUUCUGCAAGCCCAGCUGUCUGCUGCCUCUCUGGCCCCUCUCCUUCAGAACCCCCCUCAGCCUCUGCUCCCUCAGCCUCCAACCAAAGAUGUAUUUGCUGGCGGUUUGCUUCAGCCCCCUGUGAGAAUAAUGCCGCAGCCACAGACCCUCCGACGAAUCGAACCUCCGACUCGUUUCACCACCCGAAACGAUCGAGGUCCUGAACUCAUCCUCCGGACUAAGGAAGAACGCAGCAGAGACAGAGACCGUGAGCGGAGGCGAUCUAGAGAACGCUCUCCCACCCGCAAACGAUCUCGAGACCGCUCACCGAGACGGGAACGCUCCCCCAGACGUCCACGCAGAGUGCUCCCACGCUACACGGUCCAGUUUUCCAAGUUCAGCUUAGAUGGCUCCAGCUGCGACUUGAUGGAGCUGAGGCGGCGCUAUCAGAGUCUCUACAUCCCCAGUGACUUCUUUAACGCGGUUUUCACCUGGGUGGACGCCUUCCCUCUUACAAGACCCUUCCAGCUCAGUAACGCCUGUAACUUCCACAUCUUGCACAAAGAAGUAGAUCCUCCGGUGAAAAACACAGCUGUGCUGGACCCUCCAGACGUUAACCACACAUACAGCGCAAAGGUGAUGCUGCUUGCUAACCCCAGUUUAGAGGAGCUUUACCACAAGUCGUGUGCUCUGGCCGAGGACCCCCAGGAAGUCAGAGACUCCUUCCAACAUCCUGCUAGGCUCAUUAAGUUUUUGGUGGGCAUGCGAGGUAAAGACGAGGCCAUGGCAAUCGGAGGUCAUUGGUCUCCCUCUCUGGACGGGGCGGACCCAGAGAAGGACCCGUCUGUCCUCAUUAAGACAGCCGUACGCUGUUGCAGGGCACUCACAGGCAUAGACCUUAGUCUGUGUACUCAGUGGUAUCGCUUUGCAGAGAUUCGCUAUCAUCGGCCGGAGGAGACACACAAGGGGCGGACAGUCCCCGCUCAUGUGGAGACAGUGGUUUUGUUUCUUCCGGAUGUUUGGCAUUGUCUUCCUACCCGCUCAGAGUGGGAAGUGCUGUCACGGCGACUCCGGGAGCAGCUGGCUGAGAAGCUGUCGGCCGAGCGAAAGGAGGCGGAUGGAGAACAGGAGGAAGAGGAAAAAGAUGACGAAGAGUCUAAGGAUGUCAGUAUUGCCACUCAUUGGACUAAACUCGACCCGAAAUCAAUGAAGGUCAAUGACCUGCGUAGAGAACUUGACUGUCGCUCUCUGAGCUCAAAGGGAUUAAAGUCCCAGCUCAUAGCGCGCCUCACCAAGCAGCUGAAGGUGGAGGAGCAGGUGGAGGAGUCCAAAGAGCCCGAGAAACCCGAAGUUAAAGUAGCAGAGGAAGAGGAGCCGCCUCGCACCGAGGACGACAAAGAGGAUGAUGAAAAAAAGAAGCAGGAGGAGCUCGAGCGUCAGCGGAGAGAAAGGCGCUACAUCCUUCCCGAUGAGCCCACCAUCCUGGUGUACCCCAACUGGGCUGCCAAAAACGGCAAAUUUGACUGCAGCAUCAUGUCCCUCAGUGUGCUGCUGGACUACAGACUGGAGGACAACAAGGAGCAUUCGUUUGAAGUUUCCCUGUUUGCUGAGCUGUUUAACGAGAUGCUGCAGAGAGACUUUGGCUACCGCAUCUACAAAGCGCUCGCUUCCCUUCCUACAAAGGAUGAGAAGAAGGAAAAAAAGGUCAAAAGGGAGGCAGACAAGAAGGACGCUGAAAAGCGGGAAAUUAAAAAGGAAAAAGAGGAAGAGACUGAGGAGCCGGUAGCAAAAAAGAGCAAAGACGAUGAGGAGGAGAAAAGAAAGUACGAUGACAAAACCAUCAAAAAGGAGGAGUCUCGGGACGACGACGAAAAUGAAGACGAGGGCAGCACAGCCAAUGCUGAAGAGUACGACCCCUUAGAGGCUGAAGAUGCAGAGGAUGAUGAUGACGACGACGAUGACAAAGACGACGAAGACUCCAACGACAGGGACAGGAGAGACCGCAGAGAUGACCGCAGGUCAUCGAAGGACAGUUCCUCUAAAGACAAGGAGAAGAAGCAGAUGGUGACCCAGAACAGGGAUCUGCUCAUGGCGUUUGUCUACUUUGACCAGAGCCACUGCAGCUACUUGCUGGAGAGGGACCUGGAGGACAUCCUGUACACUCUGGGUCUGCAUCUUUCCCGUGCACAGAUCAAGAAGCUUUUGAACAAACCUGUGGUCAGAGAGUCUUGUUAUUACCGAAAACUGACAGACAGGGGAAAGGAUGAAGCGGCUGCCUCCCUCAAUGAAGCCCAUAUAGAAAACCUCACAGGUAACAGAGCUCUGCUUCCCAGUCCGAAAGCUCCUGCUUCAUCAGAGGCGAGUGAGUCUGGUAAUCUGAUCGUGUACAAUGGAGCCAUGGUCGACGUCGGCAGCAUGAUGCAGAAACUGGAGAAGAGCGAAAAGGCUCGAGAGGAGAUAGAGCAGAAGCUCAUAACUCAGGAUGCCAAAAUGGAGGAGGAUGCAAAGCUUAAAGCUCAGCUAGAACACGCCAACAAAUCCCUAAGCAAGGAGUUGGAGGAAGUGACGAGCGCGCUCAGCCGAACCGAAGAGACUCUGAGAGCCGUGAAGGAGAAAAAAAACGUCUAUUAUGAGCUGAUGAGCAACUCGGCCAAUUCCUUGAUGACCACGGUCAAUGGGCUUUUGGAUGUACUAAAGAAGGAUCAAGUAGGUGAUUCUGGCGAGAAGGCGGCAGGCGAUUCCAUUCAGACGUCGCAGACAAACGGCGCUGACGAGUAACUUCGGAUAGAUGAAGCCAACCUGUAAUGUUGAUCUCAAGUUGUAAAUAUACCCUGAAAGUGUCACUUGAAUCUGUUUUAAUUGAGCCUUUUGUCUCCCAGGUAUGUGUAUAAAUUAACUGAGAAGUUUAGAUCCCCUGCGUGAAGUUUGACCCCCUUUUUUGUUGACUUUUCCCGUUGAGUCAUUUUAACCAGGACAAAAGCGUUGAAGCGCUUAUUUUCAAACUGACUUAGGUUCAGUUGCUAACAUUUCGUUUUGCUGUUGCUUUAGCUUGGUCAUGGCCAAUGAAGUGCUGUAUUGUGGAUUUAAAUGCCAGUAUGUGUGAGUGGUACUUGAGGUUUUUUUUUGUGUUUGUUUGUUUUUUGUUUUUUUUUUAACAAGCAAUAAUGAUGCUAUUUAUGUGCUGGAUAAUUCAUAGAGAAUUAUAAUGAAAAUAAACUGACUGGAGGGAGAAGGUGUGGAGGAGCUUUUUGUGGUUUUGGUUAAAAUUUCUCUCUGUCCUCUGUUUGCUUCAAUUAUGUUUAACAAUCAGUUAGUGGUUCAUCUGUUUGACUAGUUUAACAAGUUUCUGUUUGGGGUUUUUUUGUUUGUUUUUUUUAAACACGUAUGGCUAUGCAUGGCUCCUGCCUCUCUUGGACCUUUGUUCUGACUGUAUCCACCCACUGACUGCUCCGCCAGCCACAGUGCAUCCUGUCUUUACUGUGACAAGCAUUUGCUGAUUUUUUCUGAUGAAAAGGAAACGCGACAUGAACCCAAAGUUAAUCUCAAUGAAUGUGUGUUCAGCUGAAGGAAUGAGCAUUUUGAAAUUCACCUUUGAACUGUGUGCUGGUUUCUGUUGUUUCUAAGAAAAUUUAAAAGAACAAAAAGAGGCUUGGUUACAUUUAAUGUUCUCCAAAGUAGGCGAUUUUAUUUUUCUAUUGAAGAUGUACUCUUUGGAUGUCUUGUGCAAGAGUAAAGUGGUCCUUUUAACACUACAUUGUGUCUGUGUAUGCAUUGCUUAACAAUAAAAUACAGUCUAUUUAAA